AAUUGUGAGAGAAUCAUGAAAAGCUGUCGAUUCUGCUUGAUCAAACAUCUCUUCCAUAUAUCAUGUUGGGCCUAUCGACAACGGAAAUUUCUAUGAUCCAAGGAGAUAUUUUAAUUCUUGGGUUCCGUAUUGGUUUUUGGCGGUUUUUCUGACCUGGAAUAAUGUAUGUAGUAGUGCUGGGAAGGGAACAUUGUUCCUAACUUGUUGAAGCUAGAGAUCAAAAGGCCAAGCCCAGGUAGGAAGCUGGGUGAACUUGUCAAGAAGCCCAAAAACUAACAUUAAAUCUCGCCACGCUCCUCAGUCCUCACGCACGCUAGUUCCCUCUCUUCGCCUAAAUCUCUUCUGAGUUCUCCAAAGAUGCUCGCUCGUCUCGCCACCGAGGCUCGCCAGAUUUUCCGUCAAAAUCCUCAGACUUCUCGAUCCUUCUCCACUGCCCUAAACUACCAUCUAGAUUCUCUGGAUAACAACCCUAGCAUUCCUUGGGAGUUCAAUGAUGCGAACAAGGAAAAAUUUGGGAAAUGGAACAUUACAAAAAUGAAGGAUAAACCAAUAUUCAAGCAAUAGCAAGUAUGAUGAAUUGGAGAAGUCUUUGUUUGAAAUAGAGCGAGCUAGAGCUAUUUUUGAGCUUGCAAUUGCUCAACCUGCAUUGUAUAUGCCAGAGUUAUUGUGGAAGAUAGAGUAGAGAUCAUGUAUUAAGCAGAGGGUAAUGGAUUCUGCAAGAUCAAUUUUCCAUCCUGAGUUCAUGAACCGAUAGUUUUCCAGCCUCUGGACUGUGAUCAGAUAAGCAAUAUUGUCAAGUUACAGGUGACCAAAACAGAGAUUCAGCUCCUAUGAAGUCUUGGGUAUGACCCCAAUUAUGGUGCUAGGCCUGUCAAGAGCAGGUGAUCCAGCAAAAUGUUGAAAAUGAACUUGCCAACGGCAUCUUGAGAGAAGAAUUUAAGGAUGAGGAUACAGUGUUGAUUGACACAGAGGUCACGACAUUUUCCAAAGGCCAACUUCCCCAGCAAAAGCUAAUCUUGAGAAAACUGGAGCCUGAUUCCGAUACACCAGCUGCAGAAGGCCAAGAAGCUUUUUCACAAACCAUGUGAACGUCUUUUUUGUAGUUGUAUGGUCACUUCUAGUUUUAACUCCUUCAAAAAUCUAUAAAAAUAUAGUUUAUAUAGAAAUGAGCAUCAUCUCACCUUGCAUACUCAAUCCGAGUGUAAUAGAUAUCUCUUUUCUCAUUUGGCUUAAACACUAUUCACUUUUCCCCCAGAUUGCCUUGGUCUUAUUAACACAAAGCAGUAUCAGAAGAGACGCAGGACAUCUCUUUUCUCAUGGUAAAUAUGUGAUUUUUUACCAUGAUUGUUUUUAUGAAAAAAUAAUGUGGCCACAAAUUUUAUUUUGUAGUAAAAAGUGACAUGUUGUCACAAAUUUAUUUUGUGGUAAAAAAUGAUAUGUUGUUGCAAAUUUAUUCUGCUGUGAAAAGUGAUAUAUUGUCAUAAAUUUUAUUUUAUAGAAAAAUUAUUUAUUUUGUUAUAAAAUAUAAAUUUUAUGGUUAAAAUAAUUGCCCAUGGACUUAUAAUAACAAACUCAUUACAAAUAAUUAUGUGGUAAAAAAUCUUUUAUUACAAAAUACUCAUUUUUAAUCAUAAAUUAAUUUAUGGCAAAAACUCGGAAUUGUUGUAGUGGUUGUGCAUUUUUUUGGAUGAGAUCAUCGUUUCUUUUGUUGAGCUCUUCCAUGCAUAGUAGCAUUUCCUCUUGUUUUCAUGGUUGACAAGCGGCUUUUCUUUCAUCCCAUAAGUGGCUUUGUUUCAUCCUUUUGGCUCAAAGCUAUCCAAAAUUGAUCCCAUAUGGAGACCUGAAAAGAAGAUGCAUGGUUAGGAUAAGGAGUGGGCUAGUUAGGUUGACCAUCCUCUGAGGAUCAAGUCAACCAUGGUUUGUUAUUAGAAAACUAACCGAUAGAAGUGUGUGUAUUCAUUUACACAGGGAUGAACAAUUCUGCUUAUAGUUUUAUAGGAAGAGAAUUGUGUCAUAUUUGGUGUCAUCCUUAACAAUGGAAUUAUAAUGUUAUAUAUUAAUGAUCGUCUGUUUUACCUAUGUUAUAAAUUAAUAUUUUUGGCCAUAUAUUUAAUUAUUAAUGAUGGGUUUUUUUGUUUAAGAAUGGUAGGAGUACGUGUUGCUCUCUCCAUUUUGAGUGUUAGAUUUUGGUGACCUAAAUUCUAUUUGGUUUGACCCGAAAAAUUCAUGGUGUGAUAUAUGUGGUGAAGAAAAAUUAUGAGAAUUUUUAGGGUUAUAAUGUUUAUGCUUAUGCAAUAAUCGCUUGAUUUUCCCUAUUUUUAUAACAAUUUUUGACGGAUUUUUCUUUUCUUUUACCCAUGGUUUUUUCCAUCUAGGAUUUUCAAUAUAAAACCGUAUGUUCUUAUUUUGUUGUUGCCUAUUCUCAUUUUUCCUGUAAUACGUACUGAGAGUGGUCUCUCAUCAUCCUCGUGAUGAAUUAAUGCCUAAUGAUGAGGGUUGGCCUUGCUAGGGAUACGUGGACUUUGAACAUUCUGGGUCUCUUUUGAAUGUCGAAAUCUGCCUCUACACCAUGCUUCUUUCAUGGUGAUGACAUGCCUGUGCAUCAGUCACAUGGCAAACAAUCCAUUUUUUGAUUCCUGCCCUAAGCAUGCAUAUUGCGGUUGACUACCAGUUUGUGCUUAGUUUGUUGCAGGAUGUUCAAAUCAGGUUGUCAAUACUUCUGGCAAAUAGAUACAACUAUUAAACUUUGUGACAUUGAAUCCAAAUUGGUGGUACUGAAUUAAGGAUCAUCCCAGGAUCCCAAAACCGAUAUUUCUACUAACCAUGUCAUUUGAUUGUGAGAGGUAUUAGUAUUGAUUCAGCAUCUCAAGAUUCCAUUAUCAUGUCAAAUUUUAGCUGAACGUAUUACUGUCAUAGGAAGGAUUUUUUUAAUUAAUUUGUUGGCAACAGACAUGCUAUAUCCUUAUUGAGCAGAGUCUGUAUCAUAUCCUACAGCAGUUUCUUGUGUCAAUUGCAUGAAUCUUGAUUCGCUAUCUCCAUAAAAUCUUCUACUAUUGUCUACUCAAAUUCUAAUAAUAGUUCACAUAUUGUACCUUGUCAUGUUGAAGUGAUUAAUAUGCUAUUUGGCUUCUGGGAUACAAACAGUAUGUCUUAACAAAGAAUAUGGUGUUUGAUUGAAACCCAAUGAUAGAAUAGUUCAAAAGCGUUAAUCUCUUGGCAACAAUGCUGCCAAACAUAUUGUUGACUCCAAGAUUAUUCACGACAAUAAUCCAUUUGAAUCACAUGGAAGCAACCCAACUAAGUGCCUGGUUUAAGGUUACCAUUGAUCAUCUCACCUAGUUAUAGUCGGGUGUUUCUUGGGAUGAUCUAUCCUUAAAGCCAUUGCACAUCCCCAUUCUCUAACCAGUCCUCGAAUACUUCACCAGUCUUAAUUCUCAACAGAGGAGAUAACCAAGCAAAGCUUCCUAAAUAACAAAAGCUUAUUCAUAGUUUGGUCAGCACAAAUUGUUAGGACUGAUCCUAUUUAUAAACAUCGAAAUCAUCUAAUGAAUCUGUUCUCAUUUUUUCCACUCAAGCAUCAGCAAGCAACAGCAGUCUGAAUGCAAUGCCCAAACUUGAUCCUUAUCCGGCCUCGCCAUGGAAUUCUGAGUCUCAAUAUGGAGGAAACAAUCACUGCCACUCGCCAUCAAACGCCACACCUUCUACAUGUUGGGGGAAGACUGUAGGGCCAUUCAGAAACCGUAAGAGCUAUGAUAUUAGCACUCAAGAAAGCAUACAUCAGUUGACUCAAAAAGCAGAGGCUACAUACUACGAUGAGCGUUCUGAUUCAUACUACCGUGGAAUAUUGGAGUUGGAGUCUGUGAUUAAUCUUAGACGCAAAUCCACAGGGUGUAGUAGUCCCGGAAGGGAUAGCCAUUACACAGCUACAACUGCAACUUCUGGGGCAACUAGUCUCUUCCUUAGAAUAUGGGGCCAUUCUUGCUUCCACAGUAGAGAAAGUUUAUUUCCUUCCUCAAUUGGUCAGAAGCCCUUACGAAGGAGAGAAUCAGCAGAACCAUCAUUAACAAAUGAGAAGAAGAAGAAGCUGGAUGUCGAUUUGAUGAAAGAUGAUACGUCCCCAAACGAGAAGUCACUGAAAGAGAAAGCACCAGCUGUAGUUGAACAGAUACCAACUAUGAUGAUUUUUAAGGAAAAAGUGGGGCAAAAAUUCAAAUGGGCGGAUAGAUAUCAACCAAGGACUCUGACCGACUUUAUCUGCCAUCGGGACAAAGCCCACAUGCUUCGUUGUUUGGUGAGAAGCGGACAAUCUGAUCACUUCAUAUUUGAAGGAGCUCCAGGAGUAGGAAAGAGAACCAUGGCCAGGGCAUUGCUUGGAGAAGUGUUUGGAACUCACAGACUAGAAACAACGGAGGCACUCAAGGAUUUCAACUUGGAGGAAGGUCCAAGUUCCAGCAUCCAAAUAAAUGUGAAAAUAUCGGCACACCACAUAGAGGUCAAUCUAUCAGAAUUACAAGAACUCGAUGCAGCACAUGUUGUCAUGGAACUGAUUAAGGAGUCAUCUGCAAUCGCAUUGAACCAAAAGCAGUCGCAGUGUGACAACACAAGUAGCAAUCGAGCAAUUAUUCUCUGUGGGGCUGAGAAACUGUCUGAGGGUGAUCAACUCCUUAUCAGAGACCAUCUACAGACUUAUAGAGGCCAUUUCAAGGUCUACUUCUGCUAUUCUGGGACUUCAAUGCUUCAACAUCUCAAGUCCCUUUGCACUGUUAUUCAAAUUCCAACACCAUCCAAGGAGGAGAUAGUUGAAGUGUUGGAGUUCAUUGCUAAACAUGAAGCAAUAGAGUUGCCUCCCAGAUUGGCUGAGAAUAUGGCAGAGAAGGCCAAGCAUAGCGUUCGACAAGCUAUACGCUCCUUUGAGGCCACUUGGAAACUGAAUUACCCCUUCAAGGAAGAUCAGGAGCCUAUAACUGGCUGGGAAGAAGAAUUUGCAGAGAUUGCUAAAAAAGUCAUUGCGGAGCAAAGUGCAAAACAAUGGUACAAUAUUAAAGAAAAGAUUAAAAACUUGAUAGCUCACAAUGUCCCGUCUGAGAUCAUUUUCAAGAAUUUGGUUGGAGAAUUGAAGAAGCUUUUGGAUGAUAAACUGCCAUCGACAAUCAGUGAUUUGUGUAAGGAUGCAGGUUACUAUGAUGGCCAGAACUUGAGCAAUGGAAAUGCCAUAUCAGGAGGAAGGAUUGAAGAAUUUGUAGCGAAGUUCAUGAGUGCCUACCAGAAGCAAAUUUGAGGGCUGGAUAUUUAUUGAGGAUGUGUUGAUCAAACUAGACCAAGACAACAAAAUUCUUUGGUGCCCUUAAUUUGAAUGAUUUAUGACAAAUAUUGUUGAGCAAAAUGCCUUAGUAGCUACAAACAUGCUGGAAGACGUGUGAAAGUUAUUUUUGAAUUGAGGAAGCUUAGGAAUCUGUUAAGAAGGCUGCUGAGGUGUAAAGAGAUGCUGAAAUUGAGGCUGCAACCAUAAACAACUUAGUCAAUGAAGCUGAUAGAGUUUCAUGGAGCUGUUAUGCUGCUAUUGUUAUUUUAUAGGAAAUAGCUGUUAGUUCCAGCUAUUUUUGCUGCUUUUCUAUUGUUUUUUUGUUGCAAACUUGUGUAUAAAUGUUGCAUUGAUCAUUCAAUAAAAGUAGACAUUUUCGUUGUCUCAUA